AUGAAUCUCGCGGCGAUUGUGAAAACCGAUUUAAUGCUCUUGGCGGAAGAGCUCCGUAUUAAAGUGGCCAAGGACAUGAGCAAGCCCAAGAUAAUCAUCUUCAUCGAAACUGGAGUGCCAAAGAAGGUUUGUUCAGACAACGGGGCUGCGUUCAUCUCAGAAGAAAUUGCGACGUUUUACCGCAUGAACAACAUCAUCGCAGUCACGAGCGCACCUUACCACCCGGCAACCAACGGGCAGGCUGAGCGGAUGGUACAGGAGCUCAAACAAGCUGUAUCUAAAAAAGGAAGGGAAGACCUCUCGUGCGUGUUGUCACGUUUCCUAUUCAAGCAACACACGACAGUGCACGCAACAACGGGCAAGACUCCUGCGUGGAUGAUGUACGGCCGAGAAUUGCCUUCUGCACUGGAUCGACUCAAGUCAUCCCUCUUCAAGCAGUUGCCGGAAGAAAACAGCGAUAUCCACAAAUUUACUCCUGGACAACCCGUGUGGAUUCGACAGUUCCCGAACGAGCGAAAGUGGAUGCCGGGGUCCAUCGCACGCCGCGCCGGACCACGAUCCUGGAUGAUUGACACAGAGCGGGGUCAAGUCAGACGACAUCUAAGCCAUAUUCGACAUCGCGCUCCGGAUUCGAGCUGCUGGGAGACACAGCCGCCACCACCAGUUUGGGACAUGUGCUUACACGAUCGCCGGGGCACACAUUCGGGCGCGAAUGGUUCAGAACAAACAACUAAACAGCACAGCACAGACGACGACGUUCGCCCAUUACCAACAGUGGGAUCUGCCUUGUCAACCGCGACGCGGGUGAGCUCCCGGGCGCGUCGACCACCGGACAGAUACGGUGCCCACGUCUAA